CAUAUGAUCACACUUAUAUGUCUUCUAUGUACUAUUUUGAUUCCGUUAUAAUUUAUCAUUUACAUAUGAAUUACUAAUUUGCCUUAACGUUGCUUUAAGAUUACUAUUGUGAACAACGAAAUUUAGUAUUAAAUUAGCACUUGAAUAGUUAAAACGGAAAAUUAAAUAUUGCGAAAAAUUAAAAAUAUUUUCCAACAAACUAUACUUAUUGAGGUCAUAAUUUCUAUGAAACUCUUAAAACUCAUUCGUAAUUCAGCUCUGGGUGAAGAAAGAUCGUCGUGCAUCAUUGUCAUUAUCUCUUAAGGGUAAUCAGGCUGUUCUUUUUGCUCAGCCUUCGAGAGUUUCAAGUUUCACUACCGCAUUGGUUUAGUGUGUGGCGUCGGUUAACGGUACCGCGUUACUGUUUUUCGAUUUAUAACCCAACUUUUACUUUGAUGCUGGAGAACUAUAGAAAACUCAUUGGAUUUUGGUGGAGACCAUAAAACUCAUUACCUAAGUCUUAGCUUCCUAUACAAAGGUAUAGGUCGUUUCGGUAUUUCUUGGACAAGGCUUCUUGGAUUGUUACCGUGGCACUAUGCCAGGCUUAUAAACUUUCAAAAUGACCACACCUGUACAAAAACUUAUGGCACUUAAAGUAGGACAACUACUGCUAGUCGAAACAAUAGGUGGAGAACUACUAGUUGGCACGUUAAAAAGUAUAAAUAUCAAAUAUCUUAUGAUUGAAUUGGACAAUGUACGAGAUAUUAAAACCAACUAUACAUAUCAAUCAUCACAAAUAAUGGCCUAUAGUCAAAUGAAAAAUAUUAAAUUAAUAUUAAGCGAAAAUGAGGCCAAUUGUAAGAGCACAACUGAAACAGAUACAGAUAGCACAGCAGAACUAGUAAAAAGUUGCAAUUCAUCCUUAAUUAACAUGGAUCAACUGUCCACUAGUAGUAAUAGUAGUAAUAGCAAUAAAAAACAAACUGUUGAUAGUUUAAAUAUACAAUUAACAGCUUUAGAUUUACAAUUACUACAAACACAAUUGGAUAGCAUGUUAUUUAUAACACAAACUGACCACAAAUACCACAAGGCCUUAAAUGAUAUGAAAAGCCAAUCGGUAAUAGGUCUUUUAAUCGAACCCAUAGAAAUGGGUAGAAAUUGCAAGACAUCUUUAAUGGCUGUCUCCACGGCUCAGAACAUUUAUAUAUUUGAUAUGUUGGCAAUUGGUAAAAUAUUCAAAGAAAUACGUUUGAUUUUGGAAGCAGAAAGGCCACGCAAAGCUGUACAUUUUAGCCAUAAAAUAGCAGAUCAUUUAAAAUAUCGUCAUAAUAUUGUACUCAAAGGAAUAUUUGAUACUUUUUUGGCCUAUUGUGUAGUGACAGGGGAAAAAAAUAAUUUAACAUUGGAAGAAACUGUUCAAAAGACUUUCAGCAUAUCAAAUGUAUAUUUUGAAAAUGAUGAAGAUAAUGAGAUUCCUGUUAACAUCUAUCAGCGUCCUUUGCCCCAAAUUCAACGUAUGUUAGUUGCCAAAAAAGUUGCAUUUCAACUGAAACUUUACGAUCAUUUAUUACAUGAAUACAUGUUAAAAAAUUUCUAUCGGCAAUGUGAAAAUUUCUCUCAAACAUUUUAUAAUAACGAUGAUAAUUUUCAGGUAGGUCAACAAUUACAUGCCAGCAGUCGUGCUGGUUAUGAACAUAUACAACCAAAUGGCAAUUGGAAAGAUAAGUUAAAUAUUAAUUUAGAAAUAUUUAAAUAAUAAGUAAAUUUUAAUAUAAAUAGCAUUUUUUCCACAGGAUUUGUUUUUAUUAGUUUUUUAAGGCAUUUUUACAUUGUUCUACAAGUCGUUAGAUUAAAUAAUAUGAAAUUUGAUAUGACUUUAAUGUUUUGUUUUCUUUUUAACUCUGUUAAAAUGAACUUUCAGUUUUCCAUCUAUUUACACUUUUUUAUACCUUUUCAUUUUACUUGUAAUUUUGUUAUGUCGU